UAGGCCUUGUUAGUGAGCAGAUUUCGAUCAUCUUCUGUUUGUAUUACGCUUUUCCCAGACGCAUGCGAAGGUAUCUUUGAAAAGGAGAAAUGUCGUCGACUCAGUAUGAAUAUUGUCCAGAUCCAGAGGAUAGUGAUCUGGUUUUCAACAUUCCCUCAGGAAAGUACGCUAAAGAAUCUGCUGUGGAAAUCAACGAACCUGCAUCUGAUUUGGAUGAAGCUCCAGAUGAAGUUUCCUUUAGUAAAGCAAAAACUGCUGCACUAUCAAUUCUUAAUGCAGAAGAACAGAUGAAGAAAACUACGAAGGGAGAAAAGAAAAAGCAGGGUCAGAAAAAGGAAGCAUUAAUGAAAGAACAGAAGCAUAAACAUUUACAGUCAUUGGUUUCAAAAAGACUACCUAACAAUCUGGUGGAUACAAUUUCUGCUCAGCCCAUGCAAUUCCAAGAAGGAAGUAAAGUAAAACGGAGAAAGGAAUUUAAAUCAAAGGACACAUCAAGCAAACACAUAAGAUUUGAACAUUACAUACCACUGGAGACAGAUGAUGUAACAUCACCUGAUUUUAGUGUAGCAAUCCUUGCAUCAAAAAAAUGGAAGAACAAGUUUUCUAAACCUGGUUUUAGCAUUGCAACAAAUUUUCGCCAGCAAAUGUUGUAUGGUCAAAAAAAUCAACGACAAUCAACCAAGAAAAUUGAUCAGGCCAGACUAAAGCAGACUUUAUCGGGGAAAAGUCAAUUAGUAGGUUGCUGAUGUGUUUAUGUAUCUAAUGAUGAAACUGUCUGCAUUGUUAAAAUAAAUGACGUAAACGCAUGUGAA